AUUUACUGCAGGACACAUCACAUUUCUAUUUCACAUAUAGGAUUUUGUGAAUGAAUUGGAGAAUUUUGUGAAUGUAUUUUAAUACUGGCGGGAAUUGCUGUAGUUGAAGCUCAACAAUUUUCUUGAUAACCUGGUGACCCUUUAAAAGUCUGAGACUAUUUCAUGUAUGAAUUGUGGGAUGCAGUGUCUCUAAUUCUUCCAUGAAAAUCAGUCGUUCUCAGUUCUUACCUAUAGAACAUUCUCUCUCUCUUCCUAUCUUUUUGGUGUAUUUUUCCCUUCAACAAGUGGUCCAUCUGAUGGCUCUGCACAAGACCAUCCAAGCACUACAAUGCCUGUUACAGUGAAAAUGCUCAAAGUGUUAAGAUAAACAAAUAAAGUCCACUUGAAGAGAUUUAUAGGUGAAAUUUUCAUAGUGAUACUUGUGGGUGUGUUGUUCUGCAGAAGAGACAUUCUCUUCUCAAAAAAAAAAAAAAACAGAAAAAAAAGUUUUAGUGGUUUUCUUUUGUGAAAGUUCCUCAAUCUCUGCCCAUCCAAAAUGCCCAAUUCCGGCACCAAUACGGGCGUACAGGAUCACAGGAAUCUAAUGGAUUGGUCUGAGGCGGCAAAUGACACUCAGUCUAAUACAACUUUUCUUCCAAUCGACAUGAGAUUCAACGAUGGACAUCUUCUAUCUAUCUUUGGUUACAGCUUCCUGAUGGUGGCAUCAACAAUUGGGAAUGUCACUGUUCUGGUCCUAUUGAUUCGGAAACGCCUCAAGGCAUCCUCCCGCAUCGAUGCAAUGCUUAUGCAUUUAGCCAUUGCUGACCUCCUUGUCACCUUCCUCCUAAUGCCCCUGGAGAUUGCCUGGGCCUACACAGUCCAGUGGUAUGGUGGCGAUCUUCUGUGCCGUGUAAUGUCCUUCUUUCGCACUUUUGGCCUGUAUCUUUCAGGAUUUAUCCUCGUGUGCAUCUCCCUGGACAGAUACUACGCGAUCCUGCGACCGCUCAAUUUUUCGGGCAUCGACCGCCGAGGGCGUGUAAUGCUGCUGACAGCAUGGAUAAUGUCAGUGGUUUGUAGCGCCCCUCAGGCAUAUAUUUUCCACGUGGAGGCUCAUCCCAAUGCCACCUGGUACACUCAAUGCGUCACAUACCAUUCUUUCGGCAACAGCCAGACCCUCGAGGUCCUCUACAGCGUCUCCACCGUUAUGUUCAUGUACGGACUACCUCUAGUCAUCAUCAUCUUCUGCUAUGCCUCCAUCUACUUUGAGAUCUAUAAAAAGACCAAAAAUACUAUUUCCGUAACUUUCCGUCGAUCCAGCAGCACAGUUUUGGGCAGAGCCAAGAGACGUACUCUACGGAUGACCAUCACAAUCGUAAUUGUUUUUGUGGUGUGCUGGACUCCUUAUCACAUCAUGUGCUUCUGGUACUUUAUGGACCGCGAAAAUGCCCAGAAUGUCGAUCAGCGCCUCCAGAAGUUGCUGUACCUCUUCGCCUGCACCAAUUCUUGCAUGAAUCCUAUUGUUUAUGGCAUCUACAACAUUCGCCGCAAGCGCGACCGCGUGAUUAUGAAUCAGCUGAGUUCCCUGUCGAAACGCUCCGAAGGCAGCACACGAAAAAGUAUUUCAUGAGAUUCCACAAUACGCCACAACAUCCCCACAUAACACUCCAACCUCUUCUUCUUUUGCAUGCUGCUCAGUUCCAGUGAGAUUCUGAAGGAUUUAUACCUAAAAUAAAUGUUCUUCGUGACACAAAAAACACCAAAA